UAAAUCAUCAAUGUAAAUCAUAAUAAACAAUGAAUUUGGAACAAUUAGAGACUAUUCUUCAACAAAAUCCGGAACUUCUUGAGGAUUAUGUGAUGAAAAACAUUGAUUCGUCUGUUUUAGAAAAAUGGUUAAUAAGAAAAACACAAUUAAAUUCAAACAAAAGAUUAAGUAAAGCCAAUGUUAAAUAUCGUAAUAAUCAUGUUGUGGACAAUAAAAAUAAAUCAAAAUUGUUGGCCGAUUUACAACAAAAUUUACAACAAAAUCAUAAUAGCGAACCAAAUAAGUUGACUGUUUUGACACAAUUGGCCGGAACGGUAGCAUUUGCUACCGGUGCUGACCAAUACAAUGUGUUUAUGUUUGAUCAUAUAUCUAAUGAAAUGAGACGAAUAACCGAUAAUAAUAAUAUUGAAAACCAAGUAAACGGUUUCGCAAAAGAGGAUCAAAAACAAAAUUUAGUUGAAUUUGUUAAUAAAUCAAAGACAACUGUCCUCUGGACUGUCAAACAAUUUGACUGUCGUUUUAAGGACGGUUCACCCUAUAUGCCUACCAAAGCUUGUUAUGUAAUGGCCAUACCUAUUACACUUAGAGACAAUAGUGUACUUGGUGUAGUCGAGUUAUACAAAUUGAAUCCAAUGGAUCCGUUUGCCAAUAAUAUUGAAGAGAUAGUUCAAAGUUAUAUUAUAUGGGCGUCUAUAGCACUACAUUAUGCUGAGUUAUAUUCAAAUAUUUCACGUCAGAGAAAAUUAAACACAUUUUUAUUGACAGUUGUAAAAUCCAUAUUUCAAGAUAUGAUUAGCAUGGAUACAGUUAUCGGCAAAAUUAUGGAUUAUGCUAAAACAUUGGUCAAUGCCGACCGUACGGCACUUUAUUUGGUCGACUCCAAUGAUAGACAACUUUAUCCAUACAUAAUGAAAGUCAAACAUCACAACAACAACAACAACAACAACAAUAACACCAACAACACUAACAAUAAGACUAACAAUACUACUGCCGAUGAUAUCGACAAUAAUGAUGAGACAAUAGUUGUUAACACCAACAACAACAACAAAAAGAUGACCAGAUUUCCCAUUGGUUCGGGUAUUGCCGGUAUAGUGGCCAAAACGGGUCGACCGUUGAAUAUAGCCGAUGUUUACGAGGACGACAGGUUUGACCGGGACGUCGACCAAAUCAUUGGCGAUGGCGGCGAUGACGAUGGCGGCUAUCCUAUCAAUAAUUUGUUGUGUAUGCCUGUAAUGAACAAAAACAAAGUUAUUGGUGUCGUCCAAAUGGUCAACAAAUUGAAUGGAAAUUUUACGAAAGUUGAUGAAGAAAAUUUCGGUACGUUUGCCACGUACUGUGGUCUGGCACUGGAUCAUGCACGGCUAUACGAAAAAAUACGAAAGUCUGAACAAAAAAACAAAGUAGCACUGGAGGUACUGUCCUAUCAUAACUUGAGCAAUGAUGAGGAACUGGCAGAUACCAGGCUAAACAUACAAUCAUUUCAAGCACCCGACGUUACUAAUCAAUCAUUUUCACCAUACAAUCUAAGUAAUGAUCAUAAAUUGUUGACAACAAUCAAAAUAUUUGAACAAAUCAAUGGUAUCAAUAAAAUCGAUAAUGAUGAUCUUUAUAGGUUUACAUUGAGUGUACGUAAAAACUACCGGCGGGUGCCRUACCAUAACUGGACCCAUGGUUUCAGUGUCGCCCAAUCGCUCUAUACGUUCAUACAUGACUGCCAACAGUUUACCGCUAUGGAAAAGUUGGCAUUUUUUGUUAGCGGCCUAUGCCAUGAUCUCGACCAUAGAGGUACUACCAAUCAAUUUCUGAUACAUUCAUCGGCACCGUUAGCAGCCAUUUAUACGACAUCACCGCUGGAACACCAUCACUACAAUCAGACUAUUCAUAUAUUACAACAAAAUGGCCACAAUAUCCUAAAGUCAUUGCCUGGACAUGAAUAUAAAAAAAUGUUGGCACUUAUCAAACAUUGUAUUUUGGCCACCGAUUUGGCCCUAUUUUUCCCAAAUAAAUCAAAAUUAGAAAAACUAUUGAUUACGGGAUUAUUUGAUUGGAAUAAUAGCGAACAUAAAUUAUUAUUAGAAGCGGUAGCCAUGACUGCGGCCGAUCUUAACUCGACGGCCAGGCCCUGGUCGGAGGCCAUCGAACAGGUUCGGGAACUUUUCGAAGAAUUCUACGCUCAGGGAGAUAUUGAAAAAGGUUUGGGUAGAAAACCUAUACCAUUGAUGGACAGGGAUAAACUAGAUGAACAACCGGCAUCACAGGUCGAUUUUUUGGCCAACAUAUCGAUACCAUGUUUUCAAAUGUUGACACAAUUGUUGCCAAAUGCCAACAGCUAUCUAAAUCAUUGCAUACAAAACCUUAAGCUAUGGAAAGACAGAGUGGAAAGGGAUAGAAAACUAAAGGAGCGAAAGGCACUGAUGGCGGCCAUCAAUGAGGAAGAGUCGACAGUCGGCGGUCAUAAGCGAGACAUUGGCCGUCGGGUCAGACCAGUCACUAAAGGACGGCUGGAAAGGACACGAUCUCUGUUGCAUUGAUUGAUUAGAUUAGAUGAUUGGUUAGAUUGUAUGAUAAUCUAUGAGAUUAAGAGAGAGAGAGAGAGAGAGAGAGAGAGAGAGAGAGAGAGAG